AAACCUGAAUUCUAGUUGUGGCAGUAUUACGUAAAAUGGCUUGCGUCAAUAAAUUCUUUCUGAUUUUCAUAUCGCUUAUACUACCGUUUGGUGGUUAUGGACAAGUGUACGAAUUAUCAAGCGUUAAUUUCGAAGCAGUUAUUUCCCAAUAUAAAAUUUUGGUACACUUUUAUUCAAGCGUGAGCCCAGGGUGUAGGCAAAUGUCAACUGAUUAUUCAGUCACAGCAGCAUCUCUGACUAAAAGUGGAUCCGAUAUUAAAUUGGGAAGAUUAAGUUGUGAUCUGGAAAGAACUUUGUGUGUAGAAGCUGGUGUCAAAUUUGUUCCGACAAUAAAAUACUAUAGGAAUGGAGCCGUGAUCGAUUACACUGGUAGUCGAACUGCUGUCGGGUUUCUUACGUUCCUGAGCAAAUAUCCUUAAAUAGAAGAAAAUGAGAGAUAAUCAUAGAGCAGAACGCAGAAAAUAAACGUGUUUUAACACCUUGUUUGUUAUACUUUGUUCCACAACCGGAC